UCGGGGGGGGGAAAAAAAAAAAAAAACCCGCUGUUCGGGCGCACCGGGAAAGGGAACACAUGAAGACAGGCUUUCUGGACUCGCCAUAUAUCAGUGGAGCAGCGGCGCCGUUCAAAUCAAAGUGAAAGUGCACGCUUUGCUGCUGGGCUCUGCUUUUCCUGUUAGCUUAGCUUGCUAGCUGGGCGGCUAGUGGAGGCUGAGAGUCGGUGCAGCGCGGAGCAGCCGCUGCCGAUGGACACAGCCGCAGUCUGACGGCACGCUGACAGGGAUGUAUGAUCGUUGGACCUGCGCUGUGCCCACUCGAACCCACCACACCAGGCAGGUAGACCGGCAGCAGCGGUUGCUGUAGGACGACUCUGCGGUCACACUGAGCCCCUGCUGCUGACAGACCAGCCAGCCCUCCGCACCGCAGCCACCAUGUCUCUGCUCCUCGUCAUCCCGUCAGCCCUUGUGUUCCUGGCCCUCUUGCUCACCCUUGCGUUCAGGUGGUUAGUCUGCAGCCUCGUCGUGCGCUACUUCCACAGCAAGCUGAAAGCCGAGUUGAAGAUUGGUUCUGUGGGUUUCUUCUCCGUCCAGGGAAUCAGUGUGCAGUUCCAGCCCCAGCACACCCUGGAAAUCGACAGCAUAUGGAUUUCCAGCAAAGUGUUUAACAAAGACCUGCCGCGAUUCCUGGCUUUGUGCGUGGGUGAAACUAGGGUGCGAGUGGAUCUUCAGGAGCCCUUGAAUUCACGGCACUCGCAGAAACAUGGUGGAGACAUACGCACACUGCCUGCCAGCCCUGCUGUACGGUGUUUCUUGUCUCAGCUGGUUUCUUUCCACAUCGACUCCAUCAACGUCAUGGUGUUGAACCUCUUCCUGCCAGAGUCUCUAUGGCACAUGACCACCAGUGGCCUAAUGCUACUCCUUGACUGCCACAGCAACAGGCUGGCCUGGGACUUCACUGUGGGACAGUUGAGCAGUAAGGUGUUGAAGAGCAGUCAGCUGCAGGAUAUAUGUUUGGCAGAAGUGUCUCUAAGCCUGGCUCUGUCAGGUGACGUGGGCAUGCCAUUGCUGCGACCAAGCCGGUUGGCGCUGUGUGUUCGGACCCUGCUAGCAGAACUGCAUGAGGGCUUGUUCCUCAGCCAGCUGCUGCCUGUCCCUCCUGAGCAAUUCCCUGACACUGGAGCAGAUUAUGAAAGCCAGUCCUUUGUGCAAACAGCAACUUUGGAGAAGUUUCACCAUUUGGUUCCACAGAAGGCCAGUGUGGAGCUGGACAACACAAAUGUCACAUUGUCCAUGCACAGCCAGAAGAGGCACUUGAACUGGACCCUGAAGGCCUUGAAGGUGAACUACAGCCGUGACGAUGAGCAGCUCCCACUGAGGGCCUUCACUCCAGAACUCAGCUUCCCCCAGAGCAGCCUGGAGCUCCUGCUGGAAGAUGGACUCCUCCUCUCUCAGAGCCGUCAACGGAUCAUCUGUCUCAAUUCGCUCAGGACUGUCCUCCAGGUGACAUCUAUGGAUGUCUCUGGGUCAGUCACUGUGAACACAUGCAUCAUACACUACCGUCACCAGGAGUUCUGCCAUUGGCUAGACCUGUUUCCAUGGAAACGGCUUUUUCACAGGAAAGCGGCUCACAGAAAGAAGCAUUUCCCGCAGCUUCAAGCACCAGUAAUGUUCAGCUCCUCUGUAUCCAACGUCAGCGUCUCUGUGCAGCUGGGGGACACCCCCCCUUUCGCCUUGGGGUUUAUUUCAGCCAGCUCAGAGUUGCAGCACUUGAUGGACAUUACCACCUCAGACUUGGAGAAUCAGAGCUCCCAGAGUCUGCACCAGCGCACCUCCCUGUCACUGGACCACUUCUGGUGGCGUGUGGGACAAGGAUCUCACAUCCAACAGGCCCCACAUCCCCCCAGCAAACAUGUCUGGGGAGAGGCGUUCAUCUUGGAUUCUCUCACCCUACAGGGAAGCUUCAACAGACCCCAGGUUGUGACCCCAAGCCAUUGCGAGAGCAUCUGCAUGGAGACAUCCCUGAAGGGCUUGCAGCUAGAGGUGUCAGAGACAUGCGUAUCGUGCCUCUCCCGCUUGGUCUCCCUUCUUCCUCAGAGUGGCAGGAGGCAACUCAGUGCCCCAGAACACUUAGCAGACACUGAGGUGAACCCCCUCACUUCCCCUGUGCUCCUCAAGCUGGAUGUCAGCCUGGAGGAUGCCAACCUGUUCACACUAUCCAAUGUAGCAGGUGCAGUGAAACUUCGGGUGGACACGGUAAAGGCCCUUGGUACCACGGAGAGCUCCCGGGCAUCCAUUCAGGGUGUGUCCCUCUCAGUGGUGAAGUCCCUCACAGAGACCAUGGAACCCUGCUGCCUUGCUGCCCAGACACCCAGUCCUAUUCUCAGCCUGUCUUCAUUGGUGAUCUGCUACCACAUCAGCACAUGUGCCCUUGAGAUCCAGUGUGAGGAGGAGGUGAAUGCAAAAUGGACACCAGCAGAUCACAUGUUUUUCUACCACCAUGUAACAGAAUGUAAGGGCUGCUGGGAAACAUUAGCCUGCAUGCUAAAGCAACAGCAAGAGCCACAGGAGCCAGCAGUUAAUCUGCAGUUCCCUGUGCUGCAAGCUGAAGACAGACAACCCUCAUCCAUUGCCCAGAGGAGGGCACUGAGCAUAUACUUGGAGUUGGGCCACACAUUAUUGACAGCGUUUGUCACAGAGCAGAACUUUAUUCUGGUGCGUACUGAUGCCUUGUCACUUUCACGGCAUGGGGGCACAACACACUUCCGCUCCCCCCACCUGGUGUUCAACUUUGAUGGUAAUGACAUUUUCACUUUCACGGGCGCAGAAGUACAGGGUCUGCCUGAGCUAGAGGAAGCAGUCCUUCACCGCACGCGUUUUCCCUUCCUCACCACGCCACGCAAUCAUACCUGGGUCUUCACAGUGCCCAGUUUGGCCAUUGAGUUCCCCUACCAGUACAAUUUCUCAAACACCUUUGACAAAGCCAUCAAUGUGCAAAAGUGGCUGAAGUCACUGCAUCGUGGUGCCACCGUCCCACCGAGUGAGCAGCCCCUUCCGCCAGACCUAGUUUUCCGUUUAAACCAGUUUUCUUUUGUGUUCCUGGAUGAUGUGUUUGAGAUCAAGCUGCGUGACAACUAUGAGCUGAUGAAGGAUGAAAGCAAGGAAAGUGCUAAACGACUCCAGCUACUUGAUCGCAAGGUAGCGGAGCUGCGCAAACAGCACGGCGAGCUGCUGCCUGCCCGCAAAAUCGAGGAGCUCUAUGCCUCCCUGGAGCGCAAACACAUUGAGAUCUACAUUCAGCGCUCCCGUCGUCUGUAUGCCAACACACCCAUGCGUAAGUCGCUGCUCACCUGGACUGUGACAGAUCUAGAAUUGGUGGUGCUGGCCGACGACUCGCUGCAUGGGCCUGAACAUGUUCGUGAGCAGCUGCGCGAUAUUGAUGGGAUUAGCCCCUUCCCCAGGGAUGGCCUGCAACUUGUGAUCCAGUGGGCCCGUGCUGUCAGGUUCAAGCUCUCCACCUUCCUUGUGCGCAUCCGGGACUAUCCACGGUACCUGUUUGAGAUCCGACAAUGGGAGCUAGCAGGGCGCCUAGUUGGCACAGAGCAGGAUGGCCAAUCCCGGGCCCGCCGCAAACAACUGGUCCCACUGGGCCAACCGUGGGGUGAUGUCACCGUCCAGCGGAACAUGCCCCCCUUGAAGUUCUAUUAUGACUUCCACUCGGACAUUGCACGGUUCACUAUUGUGUGGGGACCUUGCUGGGAUCCUGCUUGGACUCUGAUUGGCCAGGUGGUGGAUCUGCUGACAAAACCUACAGCUGACCCCUCUCCACCCUUGGCCUGGUGGGACAAGAGCCGGCUGCUCCUCCAUGGUUGCUGGGUGAUGGACAUUGAGCAGGCCAACCUCCACCAGCUGGCCACAGAGGACCCAUACAAUACUACAGAGAACAUGCACUGGGAGUGGAACAAGCUCAACUUUGAGUGGAAUCCUGGACAGUUUGUCUUCAAGGGAGACAUGGAUGUUAACGUUAGGACAGCCUCCAAGUAUGAUGAUAUCUGCUUCCUGCACCUUCCCAACCUCUGCAUGACCCUUGACUUGCAGUGGCUGUGUCAUGGGAACCCUCAUGACCACCAUGCUGUGACCCUCUGCUCUGCAGAAAAUAUGGCAGAUGUGACCUCGGGUCAGCCACAUGACUCCUACAGAGCAUUUCGCUCUGAGAACCUGAAUCUCGCUAUUAGCAUGGACCUCAACUGGCAUCAUGAAACAGACAAAGAACCCUGCCAACCUAGGAUCCUGCUUUACAGCAGCACUUUACGCUGGAUGCAGAAUUUCUGGGCCACCUGGACUAGUGUAUCUAGGCCUAUCUGCCGGGGCAAGCUUUUCAACAGCCUCAGGCCUGUUCGCAAAAAACUAGGCCAGCACUAUAAACAGUUGUCCUAUACUGCUUCCUUCCCACAGCUGCAGGUGCACUACUGGGCUUCCUUUGCACAGCAACGAGGUAUCCAGGUGGAGUGCAGCAGAGGCCGUGUUUUCACUCGUGGAGCCCAAAGACUCAUUCCACAGGCUGGCACAGUGAUGAGACGUCUCAUCUCGGAGUGGAAUGUCACUCAGAUGAUGAGUGAGCUUUCACUUGUCACUGUACACCUUAUGGCCUCUACCUGGGAUGAGACAGCAGACCACCAAAUCAACGCCCAGGUGAAGAAGACGCAUCUGCUCAGCCUGUCCUCUCUGAGCUACCAGCGUCAGAGCAACCGUAUGGAGGAGGAUGUCAACGUAAAGGAGGAGGGCAAUGCCUUCUACACCCACAAGCUAUGCCUAGUGGACUUGCGUGCUUCCUGGACUCCCACCAACCGCAACAUUGCCUUCGGCCUGUAUGACGGCUACAAGAAGGCAGCUGUCCUGAAGAGGAACCUGUCAACUGAAGCACUGAAGGGUCUACGCAUUGACACUCAGGCACCCACCAAGAAGCUCAAGCGCUCCAUGUCCAGCUACUCCUCUGGCACAGGUGCCCCAUCGGUCACAAUCGCCCCCAACACCAGUCGAGUGGAGAAGAGCCAGAAUGAAGGCACUACCAUGCUCCAGAAGUUGAUUGAGGAGACAGACAAGUUUGUGGUGUUUUCUGAAGAGGACUCCGGAGUCAGUGACCAGCUGUCUGGCAUUGCAGCCUGUCAGACAGAUGACGUGUACAACCGCAACUGGCUCGUUGAGUUAGUGAACUGCCAGGUGAUGCUGCGGGGCAUGGAGACUGCAGGCUGUGUACUGGUCUCAGCUGCCAAAGCACAGCUGCUGCAGUGCGAGCACCACCCAGCCUGGUACAGCAGCACGCUCAAGCAGAAGACCACUUGGACUUGCCUGCUAGAUGGCAUGCAGUAUUUUGCAACUAUGGAGCCAAACCCUGCUGAGCAGGAGGACUGGCAGCUCUGGCUGGAGGUCAAGAACAUAGAGGAGCACCGACAACGGAACCUAGACUCAGUCCUAGAGCUCAUGGAGAGUGGCCAGGCUGUGGGCGGCAUGGUCAGCACCACCACAGACUGGAACCAGCCCUCCCAGGUGCAGGAGACGCAACAAGUCCAGCGCAUCAUCUCCCGCUGCAGCUGUCGCAUGUAUUAUAUAAGCUACAGCCACGACAUUGACCCUGAACUUGCCACACAGAUCAAACCACCUGAGACGCGCAACAGUCACGAGAAGGAAGACCUGCUGAAGAAGCAGGCUGGCGCUGUGGACACUUUUACCCUGAUUCACCAUGACCUGGAGAUCUCUACCAACCCAGUACAAUAUGCUAUGAUCUUGGACAUUGUCAACAAUCUGCUACUUCAUGUGGAGCCCAAACGUAAGGAGCACAGCGAGAAGAAGCAGCGUGUGCGCUUCCAGUUGGAGAUCUCCAGCAAUCCUGAAGAGCAGCGCAGCAGCAUCCUGCAUCUUCAGGAGGCUGUAAGACAGCAUGUGGCCCAGAUCCGCCGGCUGGAGAAGCAGAUCUACUCCAACAUGCGGUCCCAGCAGGAUGAGGUACGCAGUGAUGAGCUGUCUGAGAUCAACCUGAAACUGCAGAACCAGCUCAACCAGGAGAAAAUGGACAUGCAAAUGAAGAGUGAGGAGCUUAACAUCCUCAUCAGGUGCUUUAAGGAUUUCCAGCUACAGCGAGCUAACAAGCUGGAGCUGCGAAAGCCACCAGAGGAUGUAAGCGUUGUGCGACGCACCGAGAUCUACUUUGCACAGGCACGCUGGUGCCUCACAGAGGAGGAUGGUCAGCUGGGCAUUGCUGAGCUGGAGCUCAAGAGGUUCAUGUACAGCAAGCUGAACAAGUCAGAUGACACUGCUGAACACCUCCUGGAGCUGGGCUGGUUCACCAUGAACAACCUUCUGCCCAAUGCAGCCUACAAGCACGUGAGGGUGGUGCUGCGACCCCAGAGCCCCUGUCAGUCAGCACGGCAACUGGCUCUCCGCAUUUUCAGCAAAGUUCGUCCCCCAGUGGGGGGGAUUUCUGUCAAGGAACACUUUGAGGUGAAUGUGGUCCCGCUCACCAUACAACUUAUGUACCAGUUUUUCAAGAGGAUGAUGGGUUUUUUCUUCCCGGGAAGAAAUGUCGAGGAAGAGGAAGUGGGUGAUGAAGAGGACAAGUUUCGGUUGGUUACCACAGGUAUCCCUGUGGUCAAACCACGUCAGCUCUCAGAAGACUCCAUUGGGGCCCUUGGUCCUGGUAAGGGGGUCACUCAGGGGUUGAACCGAACAGCUGGGGUUAGAAGGUCCUUCCGCAAGCCUCCUGAGCAUCCAGUGGAUGAUAUAGACAAGAUGAAGGAGAGGGCAGCAAUGAAUAAUUCCUUCAUCUACAUCAAGAUCCCACAAGUGCCCCUCUGUGUCAGCUAUAAGGGGGAGAAGAGCAGUGUGGACUGGAAGGAUUUAAACCUGGUGCUGCCCUGUCUAGAGUACCACAACAACACCUGGACUUGGUUGGACUUUGCCAUGGCUGUUAAGAGGGAUAGCCGCAAAGCACUGGUUGCGCAGGUGAUCAAAGAGAAGCUGCGGCUGAAGCCAGCAUCAGGUUCAGAGCUACGGGGCAAGGUGUCAGACGUAAAGCCGGACAGCAGCCUGCAACAGCAAGAGGAAGACGAGAAAGCCCGGCUACUGAUUGGCCUCAGCACAGCGGACAAAAGUGCCAACAAGAAGAGCAUCUUCAGCAGACGCAAGUGAAGUCCUGCUGGAUGAGCCAUGUCCACAUCAAACUCCUCCUUCCUUGCCCCCCAAAUUGGGGUGAGGGCAGUCAAACUGGACAGUGAUGUGAGUGAGUCUUACUUUCCAGAGCAGACACACUUUGGUCAUAUUGGACAGACUCACUCAGAAAGGGACUGUGUUUACAGACUCAUGCAAAGAGAAGAGUGAGACCUGUCACGGGGGUCCCUGGUACCCUUCCUGAACUGUUCUCUGCUCUUCCUACAAAUCCUGUCACUACUCUCUCGUCAGAGUGGAAGCAAGACACUGGAAAUGGUUCUGUCUGUCACGUUCGGGUCCAAGUGGUUUCUUUUAUGGGGUAUCUAAAGAAUUCAAGACUUCGUAUCUUUCACCAUAGUGGUUACUUUACUGUGAAGUAGUCCAGUCCAUGUACCAAGGGAAGGCUCUGAAUGUCCUUGAAAACAUUCUUUCCUGCUGGAUCAGGAAGCUGAGCAAUGUCUCUAUCAGGAAGAUUCUUUCCUGCCCAUUUCACUGUAACUGUAGUGGGUUAUGAUUACCCAGGCCUUUAAGCUGACACAAUAAAUUAUACUCUUUAGCAAAAAAAAGCAAUGUUCCCCCACAGGGUCAAGAGAUAAUUUCACAUACAUAUUGUUUCAUAUCCCUUGCUGUUUGUCACCACAAGCUGGGUGUGUUCAUCAGUGUAGAAAGAGAUGUCACACUGAAGUAUUGCUGAAGUAUAUACUGAUGUAUAUACUUAAAUAUAGUACUGAAGUAUUGCGGUGUUCCACUAUAUUCUGCUUUUAAAUUGUCCUGACUCUACACGUCGAUCGUAUGAAACCUCAAGAAUCCCUUGGAGCCUUGUGUUAAAGUCCUUGGAUUUUAUUUAUCCCACUUUUGUUCUGAUGGCUGUGAUGAUUAUGGUGAUGUUUUUUGCAGCUGAAAUCUGAGUGAUGUUUUGUAUUUUUAACACUAAGGCACUUUUUAAGCAAAGUAUUUUCAAGAUAUUUUUGUAACUAUGGCUUCUUUAUCAAUCCUGUCUACUGUAAGGUGUUGCAGAUUUUUUUUGUUCCUUUUCAGCUUCUUUUAAAGAACAAUAUCAAAUAUUUCAGUACAGACAUUUCAAAAUGUCACUUUUUUCUGUCCAAUGGCACUAGGUUGUAUUAUUUUUAGGGUAUAAUGGUAAAGGAGGAAAAAUGACACCUUGCAUGCAUUCACAUUUGUCAAUAAAAUUGAUGUCCUAAACGCUAGCUGA